CCCCCUGUUAGGUAUUUACUUCAGGGACAUAAGAAUGUGGGAUCUUUGUUGUUCCUGGAAGGCUCAAUAUGAAAUUCUGAUAGAACCCGAGGAACCAGAAUUUCCUGCUGACAGCAGCGUAGGUCCCGAUGAUGAACAAGGAGCUGUAGAUACAUCAAAGGACCCCAAAGAAAAAGAGGAACUCGGAGCUACAGGCAGUGCAGGUGAAGCGUUUCAAUCCUUGGAUGAAGAGACAUUGGAAGCAAUGGCAAAGCAUGAGACUGAAGAAGACAAGAUCUUCCAAACGUUUAAAGAGCGAGUAGCUGCCGAACCAGAGCAGAUUAUUAGAUACUGCAGAGGAGGAGAAGGCCCAAUCUGGGUAUCAGGUGAAAAUAUUCCUGAAGAAAAAGAUAUCCCAAAUUGUUUAUGUGGUGCCAAAAGGAUUUUUGAAUUCCAGAUUAUGCCACAGCUCCUGAACCACCUUCAGGUUGACAGCCUCGGAGAGAGCGUUGACUGGGGAACGCUGGUGGUGUACACUUGUGCUGACAACUGCGGUGAGGGAAAUGAAUACCUGGAAGAGUUCAUAUGGAAACAAGACUUCUCUGCGGGCUAUAUUUAACUUCCAUCAAGUUACUAAGUUUUGAGUCAUCUAAAUAAGAGUACUUGCCUUGUUUCAAUGCAUCUCUGCACUUUGCAAACAGGUAAUUGAACUGGUCACUGAUAACUGUGUAUCUGGUAACAGUGGUAAAACUACUGAAAGCAGACCUUGACAGCCUCUCUCGUGCUCCACAGGAGCUUUUACUUCAACAUUUGUUCAGUGAAUUUCACUUCAAGUCUCAAUUCUGAAUGUUUAAAUAAAGAUGAAAUAUUUUUGGAUUGGUGAAAGUAUCUUUUGUUGGUGACUGAACUUCAAGAACUUGGAUUGUUGUCUGUCAG